AUGAAGAAAAAGCAGCCCCAUCUUCUUCAACACGACAACACCAAAGACCUUCAAAUCAUCAAAGCAGUCGCACAAGCCUGGCUCUCUCACUACGGCACCGCUAGCUCCACCAGUGAAUUCGAUGCUCACCCGCGUCGACGUUUCAGAGCCGAGCCUUCAAGAUUCAAGCUUGAAGCAAUGAACAACCCUUCUGCCAAGCUCAAGAACAAGGACGCUAGUAUUGCUGAGCCUGCUGCCCCACGUUGGGACUUUGGCCAAUCACUGUGGGAUUCAUACGAGCUUGUCACCCUCGCCAAAAAGCUUGAAACUUCCCUUGUUUUCGAUGACCCUCUUUCAGCAGCUGGCUCAGAAUUAGAAGAAGAUUCAAGUGAAGAUAAAAAAAGGCGAAAGGAGAGUAAGAAUAGCCUUAGAAAUCUGUUAAAACGGGUGUCUUCUAGGAGAUUCAACGAAGCUAAUAUUAAUUCCCCCGAAAGAUAA